ACACCCACACACCAUGAUCACAGGAGCAGUCGGGAUGGCGUUGCUGCUGAUGGUCUGUCAGACUGACGGCUGCUCUGAGCUGUUCACCAACAGCUGUACGUGUAUCGACGAUCGAUCGAAAGGACCUUCAGUCCACACCGUUCGUAAGAAAGUCAUCUGCAGCAAAGAAAACCUGUCGGACCCCCCCGACCCCCGGGUCCUCCCCAACAGGACAGUCCACCUGAUACUGAGCAAUAACAAGAUCGUGGUCCUGAAGAAUGACUCUUUCCUGGGACUCUACGCUCUGGAGAAACUAGACCUGAAGAAUAACUUGAUCAGCACCAUCAUGCCCGGCGCGUUUCACGGACUCACAGAAAUGAAGCGUCUGGAUCUGUCUAACAACAGAAUCGGAUGCCUGAUUCCUGCGAUAUUUCACAGCCUGGGAGAACUGAAUAGACUGAACCUGUCAGGAAACAUCUUCUCAAACCUUCACCCCAACCUCUUCGACCCUUUGGUUUCACUCAAACUCGUUGAUUUCAACACCGAGUCCCUGAUGUGUGACUGCAACAUGCAGUGGGUCCUGAACUGGGAAAGGAACAGCUCAGCGAGGAUAUCGGAGGCCACAGUGUGUGCUUAUCCAAGGGCUUUGCAAGGCCAACAGUUUAAGUCUCUGAAGGAAAGCCAACUGGGAUGUGACGGACCUUUGGAGCUGCCGACUCUCCAGCUCAUCCCGUCCCUCCGGCAAGUGGUUUUCCAGGGGGAUCGACUGCCGUUCCAGUGCACGGCCACCUACAUCGACAACACCACCCAGGUGCUGUGGUAUCACAACAGCGCUCCGGUCAGGCCGGAAGCAGAGAGCGGUCUGACCGUGGAGGACAGCAUGAUCCACGACUGCUCCUUCAUAUCCAGUGAGCUGAUCCUAUCCAACAUCUACCUGCUGGCUAGCGGAGAGUGGGAGUGCGUCAUCUCAACCUCCCGAGGAAACUCCUCCCGCAAGGUGGAGAUCGUGGUGUUGGAAACCUCGGCCUCGUACUGCCCGGCCGAACACGUCACCAACAACAGGGGGGAGUUCAGGUGGCCGAGGACUCUAUCGGGUAUCGUCUCGUAUCAGCUGUGUUUGCAGUAUCCCUCCUUCUCGGUCAUCAGACCCUCACUGGAGAAAAAGGCCUCUCGCAGAUGUGGUCGGUCAGGGCAGUGGGAAACGGGAGACUACAGCGAGUGUCUGUACAUCAAUGACUACACAAGGACCCUCCACAUCUUCACCCGGGUGAUUCGAGGCAACAGCAUUAUUAUGCUUGAAGCAUUGGAGCGAGUGUAG